AAAGUGUUAAAGAGAUUAGCAGAAAGCAUCGGGCACUUUUAAAUAACGGUGGAGAGGAGUUAAUUGAUUCGUAAGCAUUGUUGUUCAGCGUUUUUUUUGUAUGUGAGAGAGAAAUUAUCAAACUAUCUUAACGUUUACUUUGUAGAGAGCUGUGGUUAUAGACCCCUGUAAUGUCUACUCCAGUUCCCCUGAGCCCCCAAAGUGAAAUCUCCGUUUGUCCUUCCAAAUCUCUUGCUGAAGAAAAACACAGGAUUGAUUUGAAAAAUCCAGAAGCUGCAAAACUUCAGGAUGAGCCUUUACUUCGGUAUAAUCCCCAUCGGUUUGUUAUCUUUCCAAUCCAAUACCAUGACAUGUGGCAGAUGUACAAAAAGGCAGAAGCAUCAUUCUGGACUGCAGAAGAGGUUGACUUGUCAAAGGACUUGGCACACUGGGGUUCUCUCAAAAUAAAUGAAAAACGCUUUAUCUCACAUGUUCUGGCUUUCUUCGCUGCGAGUGAUGGAAUUGUAAAUGAGAAUCUGGUGGAACGAUUCAGUCAGGAGGUCCAAGUCACUGAAGCUCGUUGUUUCUAUGGUUUCCAAAUUGCCAUGGAGAAUGUUCAUUCUGAAAUGUACAGUCUUCUUAUUGAUGCCUAUAUCAAGGAUCCUAGUGAGAGGGAAUUCUUGUUUAAUGCAAUUGAAACAAUGCCAUGUAUCAAAAAGAAAGCUGACUGGGCCUUGCGAUGGAUCGCUGAUAAUGAAUCUACAUUUGGGGAACGAGUGGUUAGCUUUGCUGCUGUUGAGGGAAUCUUUUUCUCUGGGUCCUUUGCUGCUAUUUUCUGGUUGAAGAAACGAGGGUUGAUGCCAGGUCUGACUUUCUCCAACGAACUGAUCAGUAGGGAUGAAGGUCUACACUGUGACUUUGCCUGUCUGAUCUUCAAACAUUUGGUUCACAAACCCUCUGAAACUAGAGUCAGAGAAAUUAUCACUGAAGCAGUGAGGAUUGAGCAGGAGUUUGUGACUGAGUGUCUCCCUGUGGACCUGAUUGGAAUGAACUGCACUCUGAUGAAAUGCUACAUUGAGUUUGUGGCUGACCGUUUGCUAUUGGAGUUGGGUUUCAGUAAGAUCUUUAAAACUGAAAACCCUUUUGACUUCAUGGAAAAUAUUUCUCUGGAAGGGAAAACCAAUUUCUUUGAAAAGAGAGUUGCUGAGUAUCAGAGAAUGGGUGUGAUGUCGAAAGCAGAGGAUAACAACUUUACACUGGAUGCUGACUUCUAGUUUCUAAAAUGUUGCUUCAGGAAUGAAGCAACAACACGAUUAGUGUGAAAAUCUUGGGCACCAGGGACUAGCUCUUAUGUUGCAGCAUUUGACUAUUACUUUUGUAGCUGGUAUAUUUUAACUGACAUUGAAAGAACUUCUAGAGGUACUGCAGCACAUGUAAUUUUGCACAUCAAUCUUUCUUUAUUUUGUUUAGGCAACAAAUAAAUUAGGUUUUAAAUGUGGAUUAUGAAAUAAAAUAGAGCUGACUAUAGUCUGCUGAAAACAAACCAUUUAAAAUGAUUUACCAGCUUCUGUUUUAUUACUUACAAUUUUUAUAGCCAAAUGAUUGCCUAGACUCUUUAUCUUAGGUAUCUGUUAACUACUCUGCGUGUGUCACACAACUAAAUUUUAAAAAUUCCUCCUUGUGCACAUAAACUUAUCAUGAUUUCUGAACUGCUUGUGCACGCAUGAUAGAAGAUCAAAUUUCAGAAACCUUAUUGGCAGGGUCAAUUCAUGAGGAUGGGCUUUCUGAUUAGUGUCAAAUUGUACUUGCAACUUGGCCCUAGAAUACUUUUUCUUUCUAAAAAAAAACUUGAAAACAAAUGUUCCAAUAUUUUACUCCAUUAAGAUUGUAGUGGAUGUGUAAAUGAUUAUGCUUAAUGAAUUUCUUUAGACUAUUUGUCUGAACUACUUAGUAUUGAGCUCCCUUUGCUUGAACUGGUGUAAACACAAGCCUACAAGAUGAGCUUCAGGUUGCAGUGUUUUAUUUCAGUCACUGUUUUGACUGUGCGUGUCUGAGAAUUGUGUACUAUCACAUCUGUAAGUGAAACCCACAACUGCAGAAUUUGGUUUGAACAAUUUAGCACGUUGGUGUUUGACUAAGUUUUCUUUUCAUAUUAUAGUUAUCAAUCUGAAUUGCACUUGGUAAUAGUUGGCUUGUGUGCAAAUUUUAAGACAAAUUAUUGACAUUUGGUAUUAUUAGACUUGAAUGACUUUUGUUUAGUGAAACAACUAUCAGUAACAAAGCACUUUUAUUGGGGAAGAAGCAUACAUUGUCUUAAAAUGUGUUUUCCAGUUUUUGGUUCCAGUACCACAUCUAGUGAUCUGGUCUUGGGUUUUUUGCCAGGAUUAUCAAACCUUUUGUAGCAAAUAAGUGAUCAACCUGGUGUGAAUAGAUUUUGGACUUGAAAUGAGAAUUAUGCUGAAGAUUCAUAAUUGUAUUUGUUUCACCUGAUUUGUUAAGUUGAGAUUCA